AUGAGUUUACGUCUAGGAGUAAAAUCAUGGGCACUUCGUCCAACAAACAUGUUGUUAAAAAGUACAGUAGCCAACUCACAUGGACAAUUGAGUAUGAUAAGGCACAACUCCACUAAGACAACCAUAUAUGAUCAAGUCACAGGCAAAACGAUACCACUCGCUGAUCCUGAGCACCCAGAGUGGGCUGAUUACAAGAAUCCACCAGCUAUCUUGGCUCAAAAGAAAGAUCCAUACUUGAAAUACGACGACCAACAAAAUAGAAGAAACUUGAAUGAUCCUGUGAAUAUGGACGAAGAUCUUUACGACAUUUGGUCCCCUGACUACUACGACUUUGUUUCUGACUCAACCGCCUUGAAGCAUAAUGGUAUCUUUUUUGGACUACUUUUUGGCAUAGCUGGGGUCGUGGCUUAUUUCCAGUUGAACCCAGAAAAGCCAGCAAUGAUAAGAUCAUUUCCAUAUAAUGGAUUGGCUGAUGCAUUGGGUGCCACAUCAAAAGAGGAUGCUCCGUUUUAUCAGAAUAAACCAGACGUUGAUGCUGAAAAGGAUUGUGGAGUGUUGCCAGAAGAGUCUGAUGUUGCAUCGAACAAAGAUUCUUAUGAAAGGAGUAACGCUUCGUUUAUAAAAGCUUAA